AUGACAGAGGAAGAUAUGACAACCUCUGGCUCAGCACAAGAUACUGGCAAGAUGCUAGAAUGCAAGGAAUUCAAGAAUGGCACACUCAGUUCUAUGUCAAUAUCUACACCAAAUUCUAACAGCAUGGUGACCAUGGCAGCAGCAGAUCUUAUUGCACUCUGCAAAAGAAGAUCUGAAUAUACUGGCUCACAAAUAUCAGAAGAAAGUGCAGAUCUUAUUGAACACAAAAUGGCAUUCUUCUUGAAUGCAGAGGUGAUCAGUGAUGCAGAUAUUCUCAAUAAGAAUCAACAGAAACCAUCUGAAGAUUUAUCAACACUUGAGCAAUGA